GCCCUGAUUAGAUCCAAAGGGGUGGGGGGAAGACACGGACAGGGUGACUGCAACAGGGGAUUUAAGCCCCUCCCCCAGGUGCCAAGGGAGCAGAGUAGGGCACAGGGACUCUGCCAGGGAGGGGGCUGGAGGGCUUCUCAGAGGAGGUGAUGCUGGAUUUGGACUUUGAAGUCUGAGCAUGGUUUUUCCAGGUGAUAGAAGCAGGUGCUUCUGGCAGAAGGAUCUAUACCAGCAAAUGCCUGGAAGCCGCACGGGUGUGGCACUCAGUGGCUGCACUAUGGCAAGCCUGCUGUGAGGUCCUGGCAUGUUGCAGACAGGAAGGUCAAUAAGGCAGGCAUGCUGGAUAGUGCGGUAGGAGAGACAGAGAGGAGGGGGCUGGGAACAAGCCCAGGGGCGUCUGUGGGGAGACUCAUUAGCUGAGGGUCCCAAAGUCUGUCAGUGGCAGGAGGGCUGAGCAGGGAAGGACCUGGAACGCAGGUGUGGGGCUGUCCCUUUGAGGCAGUCAGGGCAGCUGAGGGAGGGUAGGUCACUAGGACCAGCUCGGGUGUUUGUUUCAUCAGGAGCUGCGUGGAAGUGUACACUUUCAGUUUCCCUUUAGGUCCAUAAUGUUUGGGCUCCGGGUGUGGUUACUGCACAGACUCCCAGCCGGGUCCUCCCAGAUGCAAACCUAGAAGCCUUGGGAUUGUUAAAGUCCCAUUUCUCCCCAAACACCUGCUUCUGAAGGCCUGGCCUGCCCUUCUGCCCUGCCUGCUGAGAACUGUGCGGCUCUGGGGAGGAGGCGGAUGCAAUCCGUGAAGGUCUGAAUGAGCUGGAAAGAGCCAUGGAUAUGGAGACUGAAGAUCAGCAGGCUAAGGAGGAGUUUCUGAAUAUGUUUCCCGGGUUGAAACUCAAGCUUGAGGAGCGCAUAAGAAAGUUGUAUGAGCUUGCAGAUGAGAUUGACAGGGUGCACAAAAACUGCACCAUCUCCAACAUAGUAGCCGGCUCCACUGGCAUUAUAUCUGGGCUCCUGACCCUCAUUGGUCUGGGUCUGGCACCCUUCACUGCAGGGGCCAGUCUGACACUCUCAGCAGCUGGAGCGGGACUGGGAGCAGCAUCCGCUGUGACCCAAGUGUCUACCAGCAUCGUGGAAUCCUCAAGCGAGUCAUCCACAAUAGCCGAAGCCAGUCGCCUGACAUCAACUGACAUUGAUGAAGAGGAGGUAAUUGAGAAGGUUGUGUGUCCUAGAAGAUCCCCAUUAUCUCCCUUAGAAUGUCAAGGUUCGGUGGAAGCGGUGGAAGACCCUGCAAAUUGCGUUCAUGGCAUCAAGGCAGCCAGAGCCACCCCUCACCUAGUAGUCAAUGCCCAGCGCAUCCUGAGAGGUGAGAGUGUCUCAGUUCAACAUGCUAGGCAGGUAAGGAAUGCUUUUGGAGGCACUGCUCUGUCAGUGGCCAGAGGAGCCCGGAUCGUGGGUGCAGCCACCUCAAGUCUCUUCCUUGCAAUGGAUGUGUUCAACCUUGUGAAAGACUCAGGGCACUUGCAAGAGGGGGCAAAGACAGAGUCAGCUGAAGAGCUGAGGCAGCAGGCCCGGGAGCUGGAGAGCAAGUUGGAGGAGCUCACUAAGAUCUAUGAAAGUCUGACGGAGGGCCCGACUCCAUGACCUCAGAGUGGGGCCGGGAGCAUGGACAUGUGUGGGAAAAAGACAUGGAUCUAUCUUAUUAAAGGGGAAAAGAGGGCAAAAUAAAGUUUUUGGGAUGGGGUGUUGAGGAGUUGGGCAUUUCUGUAGCUGAACGCAGGGAGAGGGGUUAAUGUAGACGGUGGGGGGGAUGUCAAAGAGAGGAAGGAACAUGGAUCCUGGAAUUCAGAGGGAGGCAGCUUCAGAGUGAGGGGAAUGGACUGAAGAGGACGCAAGGGACAUGUUCAAGAGAUGUGUGGAGGAACAAGCAAUGGGAAGGCCAGGAAUAAUAAAGUUAGAAUUGUUGGAAUUUGCGAGAAGA